AUAAAAAAAUGUUUUCUGUCAUAGUAACAAUUUUCCAUCUUUUGACAGCAUUAAUUUCAAUCUUGUGUGUAAAUAAGGGAUUAAAGAAAUUUAAUUCUCCUUUAUACAAGAAUUUGAAUAUUCCAGAGAAAUAUAAAGCAUUUAGAAGGACAGAUAUAAAUAAUUGGAAUAGAUGGGAAAUGUAUAUUUGUAGCUUAAUUUUAUUUCCUUUGAGACUAAUUUUAAAUUUAGCAGUAGUGAUAUUUUUUAUAAUAACAAUGUGGGUAGCAACGCUAGGUUAAAACUAUUUAUUUUAACAUUUAGGUUUUAAGCUAAAGAAUCCUUGGCCUGAAUCUAGAUUGAAAGCAUUUAAGCCAUUAUUAUAAAGUUUGGCAAAAUUGUAUCUUUAUUCGAAUGGAUUUAUAUUCAUAAAGGAGAAAACAUUGAGGUAAAUAAAAGUAAUAUUUUAUAAAAAGAUUUGAAGAUUUUAUUCCUGGUUAUUAGAAGACAGAUUUAAGUAAAGGAUAACCUUCAAUAAUAAUUUCAAAUCAUUCUAGUUGGUAUGACACAAUAACUUAUGUAUAUAAAUAUUUACCUUCAUUUAUGUCAAAAGUUUCAGUGAGUAAAUAUCCAUUUUUUGGAUGGAUAACAACAUCAUUAAAAUCAAUAUAUGUUGAUAGAGAAAAUGAAGAGAGUAGACAUAAAUGUGUAGCAGAUUUAGCUGAAAGAGUGAAAUAAAUAAAUUAAGGGUAAUUGUAUCCUCCUGUGAUUAUAUUUCCAGAAGGUACAACAACAAAUGGGGAAUGUUUAAUACCUUUUAAAAGAGGAGCUUUUGAUCCAUUAUUGCCAGUUAAAAUUUGUUGUUUGAAAUAUUCAAAAAGAAGAUUUCAUCCAGUUAUGGAUGUUAUUGGUAUUGGAUAUAUGACAUUAUUUGCAUUAAAUUAAUUUGUGAAUGAAGUAGAAAUAAUAGAAUUUGAAGAUCUCUUUGAUCCAACUUACCUUAAUUUACAAAAUUAUCCAUAAGAAAAAAGAGUAUUAUAAAUGAUAUAUAAUUUAGUGGGAAAUAUAUGCAGAAGCAUGUAGAACAGUAAUGGCUAAAGCUCUUGGAAUUAAGUUAAUUGAUGCUACUUUUAGAGAUGGUGCUGAAUAUUAAAAAAAAUAUGUUACAGGAUAAUUAAAAUUAGAGUGAUAAAUUAAUUAUUAAAU